UUUCUAAAAUGAAAAGGCAUCUUCGUAUAAAUAGGGAUGAAACAAAGAAAACGAAACAAAACUAUCAAUGGAUGAUUGAAACAAAGAAAACAAAGCAAAAUAUUGACAUGCUUAAAGUUUAUCAUAAAGGAGAAAUUGAUUGAAGUAAAGCAUAGAUCUGAACUCAUUCUUCAAGUUUUUCAAUCGGAGAAAACGAAAGGGUAUAGAAGAAGAUGCCGAGUUCGUUUGUUAAUUUGGAAAAAAAGAAUCAGGUCCAAACGUGAAUAGCACAAGUAGGACGAAGCCCACAUGUUGACGUCCAUCUGAUGUGUAAAAAAAAAAGAAUAUGAUUGGUUGAUUAUUUUGUAAUACGUGGCAUAGCUAUAUGAUGAGUAUAUCUUCCUUUUAGUAUAAGAAGAUAGAUCACCGUCCAAACUUGCUGCAUGCGUAAGCGUGACUAUAUUUGAGCCAAAAUAUGUAUUUUGCUCAAAAUGUGAUAAAAGAAUAGUAGUAAAAGCUUGAAUUCUAUAACUGAUUCAUUUAAGUCAAAAAGUCAAUUCUCGUUGUACGUUGUUUCCUUUUGCGUUUUCUCUUAAAUUACCGUAAUCUAAACGUCAAAAAUAUUUUAAUGUACGUUGACAACAAAUCAGUAACGUUUUGGAGUGCAUUACUACAAAAUCUCCUUGAUUUGCUUUUCUAGUCUAUAAAUCAUCUCUUCAACAAAUGCACUACUAACAACAAACCAAACACGUUUUCGAGUAUUUUACUACAAAUCUCACUAAUCUGUUUCUCUACUUUAUCAAUCUUCUCUUCGGCACAUGUCCUUUUGCUUUAAAUUUGUUGACCUGCUUAAUACACUCCAGUGAUACAAUUUUCUUCCGUAGACUUUUAAGUUUUAUAUAACUUAAUGAUAUAAUCUUUUUACGAUAAAUUUUUAUGGCAAUUGUAUGAUAAAUACCCAUUUUUCGUGCCGCUUCUUCAAUUGGAAGAUCAACAUAUUUUGAUUUUCCAAUUGAAUGAGCCGCUCGAAAAAGAAUCUUUGAUCUACAAUUACUAAACUUGAUUAUAAUCGUUAAUUUAAAAAAACUUUAAAUCUGCAGAAAAAACUAUAUCACUGAAAGAGGUUUUAAGCAUGACAACAAAUGUAAAGUGAAAUAAUAGUUGAAGACGAAACCGAUAAUAAAUUGGAGAAACAAAUGAGCGAGACAUGUAACAAAAGUGCUUUAAAUAGUUUUGAGGUAAUUAUAGACAACUUGCGUCAAUUACUCCCUCUGUUCAUCUCACAAAGUAUUAUCUCCUCUGCCCAAAAAAAAAAAAGUAUUAUCUCCAUGUUUAUUCCCUUUGCUUAUUACAUGUUGGAAUCGUUUGAAAAAUAAGUACAAUUUUUUUUUUUGGUUCUUCUAAUUAACUGCUUAAACAUUAAAAGGAAGGAGGGCAGAAGUGUAUUUACACAGAAAGGAGGAGGACAUUUUGGUCUGACCGAGUCAAUAGAGAGAGGGAUUCGUCUCCAGUCAAUGACUCCUAAUUUGGUAUAUUCCUCGUAACGGCGUCGUUUCGUUUCUUCAUUCACCCUAAAAAAACCAGAAAAUUUGGUAAAAUUUAAUCUCUAUCUCUCUCAAUUCUCUGUCAAGACUCAAAACUCUUAACCUUUUUUUUUGUAUGCGUUUAAGCCUCUGAUCGUAUCUGAUCCCCAAAGGUUUGCUGCAAGGACAAUAAAAGAAGAGAAUCGAUCCUCUGUUUUCUGGUAAUUGAGCAUUCAAAUGGGAAGCUGCGUCUCUAAGAACAAAGGAGACGAUGAUACAAUCCAUAACGUUGAUUUUUCUGGUGGCAAUGUUCAUCUCAUAACCACCAAAGAGAGCUGGGAUGAUAAAUUAGCUGAAGCUGGCCGUGAUGGCAAAAUCGUGAUAGCAAACUUCAGCGCGACUUGGUGUGGUCCAUGUAAGAUGUUGGCAACGUUUUACGUUGAACUCUCUGAGAAGCAUCCUUCCCUUAUGUUCCUUCUUGUUGAUGUUGAUGAACUCUGCGAUUUUAGCUCAUCGUGGGACAUAAAGGCAACGCCAACCUUCUUCUUUCUAAAGAAUGGUCAGCAAAUAGGCAAGCUUGUCGGAGCUAACAAGCCUGAGCUACAGAAGAAGGUUACUUCCAUCAUUGACUCUCUACCUCAAAGUCCACAACAGCCUUGACUCAACCUUUCUAUAUUGCUUGUGUAGCAAGUAUCAAAAACUCUUUCUUCUUAUCAAUGUAUGUAAAAUGCCAAUUUUUUUAUUAAAGAACAUUAUGUGUUAGUUCAUCACUACUCAAUAUAAUAUUGAAUCAUCUCUAUGUACAAUUACAUCUGUGAUUAGUUUGAACAGAUUAUAAAAUCCAAAAGCACUUUGACUUGA